GGGUUUAAGCAAUCGUCGAGUGGUUUUCAGAGGGGUUUUAGCUUAAUCUCAAUCUCAGUCUCAAAGGUGGGUGUUGGAUAGAUAGAUAGAACGAUCAUCGCAAAGAGAGAGAAACAUCCGAUAACGUUAUUUGUUUUCAGAUUAAAGGAAAGGCUGGGUUAGGCAGAGAAUUAGGACCGAUAGUGUCGUGAUCGGUGACAAUUAGGCUUAUUAAAAGUACUUUUUUGGUUGCAGACUUCUUGAAAUGUUCAUAGGAUAUGGUGUUGCAGAAGAGAAUAAACUAUGGAUUUAGUGGCUAUCAGCCUCCUCCAAUCCCUCAAGCUCCCAGAUCAAUUAGGAAGCGGAAGUUGUUCAAGAAGCCUAUUAUUGAUGGGGACCAAAUGUGCGCCUUCGACCUCUUGGCUACUGUAGCUGGUAAGCUACUGUUGGAGAGAGAAACUCCUUGUUCCGAGAUAUCAACUGAGAAAGAGAGCUUCCAUAACUGUUGUAACGAAGUUUUACUUGCUAAAGGUGAUAUAGGAUCUGUGGUUACAGCUGGUACUGAAAUAUUGAUUGAUGAUGAGAACAUUCAACUGGAAAAUCUGGCAACUAAAGUAGAGACGGAUGAUGUCUUUAGUUUACAGGUUUCUAAUAGUAGUAUAGUAGAAGGAGGGAUGAAGACUGAAAUCGAACAGUUGGGAACUAUACAUGUAUUGAAUAAUGAAAAGGUAGAGUUGUGUGAUGCAGACAAUAAUGAAGCUUUAGACGACAACAACAACAAUAAGAAGGCCCUGUCUGUAGGUAGCUUAGAUAAUAAUAGUAUGAAAUUAGAAUGCAUCCAAAAUGAUUCUCCCUCUGCCCUUUGGGGUGAUGUAAAUUUAGGUGUUAGAGAUGAUGACGAAAAAUUUUCUGGGUUUCCUCAACAUAGGACCAGAAUUAAGGCCUGUAGGCCAUUAGUACGUUUAAGAGAUAGAGGAAUUAAGAAGCUGUCGGCGCUCAGGUAUUGGAAAGUGAAUGCGCAAUUGAGGAACAAGGAAAACUUGAAUGAUGAUGUAGGAAAAAAGCCAAUGAUUUGUAACGGGAAGAAUUUCUAUAAGCUCAAUAGGUCUCGAAGCGAUUAUCCUUACAAAAAGAAGAAACAUUUCUUCAAUAGGUCAAAGAUUAGAUGUCAUGGAGGAGGGAUUAGGAAGGGGGGCAUCUCAAACUCCCAUGGGAAAGCCAAUGGUGGAGCUUUUGGGAAAUCAGCUUCUGCCACAGGUCAAAACGCAUCAUUCAAAUCCAGGGACUCUCAUGUGAGGCUUAGGAUCAAGUCUUUCAGGAUUCCAGAACUUCUGGUUGAGCUUCCAGAGACUGCAACUGUUGGUUCCUUAAAGAGAACUGUUAUGGAGGCAGUGACUGCUAUACUUAGUGGUGGAUUGCGAGUUGGUGUAGUUAUGCAGGGAAAGAAAGUAGGAGAUGACAGUCGAACCUUACUGCAGACAGGGAUAACUCAUGAUGACAAAAUUGAUGCUUUGGGUUUUACAUUGGAACCAAAUCCUUCUGAAACCACUACUACUACCACCGAAGUUUCUUGUGAAAAUACUGCAUUUCAGAACUCCAGUGAGACAAAUCUUUCCAUGAAAAGGAUCUGUGAUGCUCCUCCAAUCCUACCCCCUUUAAUGAAGAAGUUUGGAGACAUUGUUGAAAGUGACUACCACAUGGUAUCCUCUACACCUGAUAUGUUAUCAGAAGAUAGAAGCAAAGAGGAUUCGAGACUGGUCUCUGUUCCACCACCCAUGAAUGUGGAAGCACUUUCUGUCAUACCCAUGACUAAAUCCAAGCGGUCCUUGGCGGUGCAGCGUCGAAUACGUAGACCUUUUGCAGUUUCUGAGGUGGAAGCACUGGUCGAAGCUGUGGAGAAGCUUGGCACUGGAAGAUGGCGUGAUGUUAAAAUACAAGCUUUUGAUAAUGCCAAGCAUCGGACUUAUGUGGAUCUGAAGGAUAAAUGGAAAACUUUAGUGCACACGGCAAAGAUAUCACCCCAGCAAAGGCGGGGGCAGCCUGUGCCGCAGGAGCUAUUAGAUAGGGUUCUAGUCGCCCAUGCUUAUUGGACACAUCGUCAAGUCGGACAUCAACAACAGAAAGAGCAGCCAGAGUUCUUUGGUUUGGUGGGGGGUUUCUGAAGUGAAGGGGGGACAUCACCAUAGCUUUGAUCCAAAUUCUUUCCCUUUAUUUAUAAGAGAGGACAGGAGAUUGCUUUGAUUUGCUUGCUUGUAAAUGCUGAACAUAUGAUAUGAUCAUCAUCUAACUUGUAAUUUUUUUUCAUUUUCGACCA